AUACCAAUAGCUAUCAUGUCUCCCUCGAAAAACUUAGACCUCUGAGUAGAUUGGGUGGUAUAUCUUAUGGCCGCACCACAGAAGGAUAUGAGAUCCCUAGACCUAAAUGGGAAGAAGAAAAGGAGAAGUUCGCAUAAUAGAGCGUUUCUUGUCAUUCUGCUACCAUUGUGCUUGUGACUGUGCAGUAAUGAACUUCCCCAAUUGCUUGGUAACAACAAAAAUAUAUUCAAUUUGUUACCCUAUACGCUGCAAUGAGUAAACGCAUGUUGGUUUUGGUGGGCUUACCGGGCUCUGGCAAAAGUACAUUUGCUACCAAGCUGGCAGCCUCCAAAUCAGAAUGGAAGAGAGUGAACCAAGAUGAUUUAGGCUCACGGCCGGCAUGCGAGCACGCUACCAAACGUUACAUUACUAAGGGUUUUAACAUUGUAAUUGAUAGAAGCAACUUUGAUUCCAAACAACGACGAACUUGGAUCGACAUCGCUUACAAGAAUGACAUGCGAGUUGACUGUAUAAUUUUUGACACUACGGUUGAGGAAUGCGCCGAACGCAUCAAUGUACGCCAAAACCAUCCAACCCAGGUGGAAGGACACCAUGGCAUUCAAAUUCUCAACCGGUUUGUCUCCAAUUAUACCCCGCCUACCAUGGAGCGACCAGAAGGUUUCUAUCGCAUCAUCAACCUCCCACCUCGCCCUUCUCCGGAAUGUACAGCACAAGAUAUCGAAGAUGCUUUGAAUAUUCUGGACAACGCACAAGAGAUUUUGGAGCCCGCAAGGUACCGAAGCGCUGAUCAACCACGUCAAGAGACACAAAUAAAACACCAGUACACACGAUAAAUAUGGGUGGUAUAUAAAAAGUUUGCUGCGUCCAUU